GUUGUCUUCCUGUUCGGAGGCGGCUAGUUUAAGUUGCCAUAGCAGAGGCAGGUUUGGAUUUGAUUCACUCACUGUCCUUACCGCUUGCAAAGCACCAAGCCAGAAGCUCUUAUGUAGAUAAAUCACACCGACCGCCCCCUCCGUCCCCAUGCAAUGGAAUCAUCCAGUGGGUCGGACACGUACGACAGGGCGAGGCGAAGCAGACCGCGGGGGCGGGAUGUACUGCGCCGACCCCAGCAGGACCUGCGGGGGGCGAGCGGCAGUGGGAGUGCCGCAGAGAACUCUGGGAUCACGGAAAAGAUCAGCACCCUGGCCAGCACUCUACAGGACACUAGCAGGAACCUGAAUAAGGUGGGCCGGAUGCUUGGUCAGUACAGGGACAACACCGAUGACCAAGCUGAAGCCAUGGCCCUGCUGAAGGAGAACCUGGAGGAGUCCAUCGGCCAGCUGCAGUCCCAGAGGCUGAGGAGGACCAACGGAGGGGUGAGGAGUGCUUCCGCCUCCACCCUACACACCAGCGACCUGGAGCAGCAAGGCUCUGGCUCAGAAGGGCAGCGUUUCCACCCCACCUCCCCGCUGAAGGAGUACCCCGGCGGCUCGGUGAGGAGACGGAGGUCCCACUCCGCCUCGGUCCGCUUCAAGGACACCAAACUCUCGGCGGAGGACAUCCACUGUCUGCACCAGUCUCUACGCGACCUUCGCUGUGAUCAGACGAGACUCUCAGAUGAUCUGGACCGAGAGAUCCUCCUGAGAAACAGAGCUGAUGUUGACACCAGGCGAGCGAUGGAGAACCUCACGGAACACCUGACACUCUCUCAGACCCAAGACUCUGUGUCUUCCCGUGUGGACCGCAGGAUCCAGGACUUGGAGAGAGUCCGAGGCCUCGAGCAGCGGGGGGUCUUCACUGAUGAACGUCAGCAGGCUUCAGGGAGACACGGAGACCAGGCUUCGGGGAGAGAGGAGGUGUUGGAGCCCUGUCUGCUGAAGUCCGAGCGGGAGAGAGAGAAGAUGGAGCAGGAGAUGGAGAGAGCCAGGGUACGCUUGGCGCAGACCGAGGACAGCAGAGACACACUCCGACAACAGCUGGAGGAGAUGCGGGAGGAUCUGCUGAGGACGGGGAAAGAGAAGCUGGAGCUCCAGAGGGAUCGCCUGGAGCUCCAGAGGGAGGUGUCCCUCCUCUCCUCUCAGCCCCACGGCCAGCGCCCUGACAGGGGAGAGAGCAGUGGCGCUCCAGGCCCAGCCCGGACCGACCUAGAGAGGGAGGUGGCGGAGCUGCGAGCCCAGCUGUGCAAGGCCUCCAUCCUGGGGGAGGUGGAUGAGCUGAAGAAGGCGCUGGAGCUGAAGGAGAGGGAGAGGCUGCAGCUCUGUGUGCAGGUGGAGGCGCUGACCACAGAUCUGGCCAGGCGUGAACAGCAGCAGCUGCGUAUGCUGGACCAGCUGAGGGACAUCCAGAGCCAGGGCAAGGUUGAGCAGCGGGAGGCGCAGGCGCUCCUCCAGGAGAGCAACCGAAGCAGGGAGGAGCUGAAGGAGCGCGCCCAGGACGCGGUGCGCCAGUGGAGGGCCAAGUGCCGGAGGCUGCAGAGGGAGCUGGAGGAGACCAAGGCCGGUGCCCUGCUGCACGCCAGCCAGGUCACACAGGCCACUAAGGAGAAGGAGGGCUCCCAGGCCCAGCUGAAGGUGCUGACGACGCAGACGGAGGCGGUGCGCCGGGAGCUGACGGAGGUCCUGGGGCGGCUGGCCCACCGCGAGGAGGAGCUCCACCGCCGGGACGUGGAGCUCUCGGAGGCCCACCAGCGACACGUCUCCCUGGAGCAGGAGAACCGAGAGGGGAGGGAGUCGGCGGUGGCCCUGCAGGAGGAGGCACGGCGCCACACCUCCCUCCGCCGCCUCCGCGAGGAGAACCAGCGGCUGGAGGAGCAGGCGGACGCCCAGGCCCGGCGCUCCCAGCGGGACCAGGAGGCCGCCUCCCUCCAGGCCGCCCUGAAGGAGGAGGCGGCCUCGGCCCGCGCCCAGCUCGCCCAGCUGACCCAGAGGCUGACCGCCGAGGAGCGGUCGGGCCGGGAGCUCCAGGGGGACCUCCAGGCCAGGCUGCUCGCGGCCCAGGAGGAGGCGGCCUCGCUGGGCGGGCAGCUGCGGCUGGAGAGGGAGGUGCACCGUAAGGAGCUGGAGAGCCUGCGGGCCGUGGCGGACGGCGGCGGCGGCGGCGGGCGGUCCAGGAAGGAGCGGGAGGCGCAGGAGGCGCUGAGGCUCUGCGUGGGGGAGCGGGACGAGCUGCAGGCCUGCCUCACGGAGGUCAAGGUGAGCGGGUCCCCCCCCGCCCCCCCCACACCUGACGAGGUCACCCCUCCCGCACCACCCAAACCGCCGUUUAUGGAAAACGGAGAAAACACUCACUUCAACCUCGAGGCCAGGAAGGGGGAGGAGCGGAGGCGGAGCUCGGAGGUGGAGCUUGCUUCACUUGGACAGAAGGUGUCUCUUCUGGAGGCGGAGCAGGAGGCGGUCCUAUCCUCCGCGGGGGAGGAGCUAGACAAGGCGUGCAGGAGCCUGGCCAGAAACGCAGAAGACAAGCUUCAGGCCAUCGCCCAGAUACCUGGACUGGUGAAGGAUCCUCAUCGCUGGCUCGCUGAAACCAAGAGCAAACUCCGCUGGCUGUGCGAGGAGGUGCAGGAGCGGGAGGGGCGGGAGCACCGGCUGAGGAGGCAGCAGCAGCAGGCCAAGGAGCAGCUGAAGGAGGCGCGGCGGAGCCGGGACGAGGAGCAGGCGGCCCUGCUGCAGCGGCUCCACCAGCAGGAGAAACUGCUGCACUCGCUGGGCACGGAGAAGAAAGAGCUGCUAGAGAGGAGCCGGAGGAAGGAGGAGGAGCUGAGAGGCCUUCAGGAUCGUGUGUUGGACCUUGAACUGAGUACGCGGGUCGCCCUGGAUCACCUGGAGUCCAUGCCGGAGAAAGUGAGUCUGGCGGAGGACUUCAGAGACCUGGAGGAGUCCCAGCGGCAGAGGGAAGCGGUGCAGCAGCGCUACGCCGAUCACAAAGACAUCGUACGGGACCUGCAGCAUCAGCUGGACCAGUCCACGCGGCGGAUACAGGAGUGUCAGGAGGAGAAGUUGGACGCCACGUCCCGAAGCGCCAAGCUCGCCAGCCUUUCAUCCCCCGUCCGCGGCCCAUCCGCACGCCUCGCCAGCUCACCCAGGUCCGACCGGCCCCCCGGUAAACGCCCCACCAGCCCAGAACCUGACAUCUCUCCCGUCAACGGUGCCAGGAACCACAGGAACCACAGGAACCACAGGAACCACAGGAACCACAGGAACCACAAUCACUAGAACCCCCCGUCUCUAGUGAGUGAGGGGUGGGUGAACCAAACCUGACUGCUACACGCAUGGUGCUUCACUGCAAACUUGACUUCACCAAACUAGGCCUUGGAUCCGUCAGCUACCUCAACAAGGCCGACACUGAAGGUGCUCCGGUCAGUACAAAGAACCACAGAAAUGUCAAGGGGUCAGAGGUUCUGUAGUGUGGUCCGCUCUCAGAAACACUUUAGCAGAGGAGUGUGAUGUGUUCAUAAUGUGAAGAAUGGCUUGUUUCUUUGCUAUUUAUAAAUGAAUAAAGAGUAUGACUUGAUGUUGUAUUUUUAAUGGACACAAGGGCUAUGAAGGCAGACAAUUAGCCUAAAAUGAAUUUGAGUGUGCUUGGUUACAUUUUACACUCCAUUUACAAUUUUUUAUAGAUAUGUGCUCUAUGAUAUAAUCAUGCAAAUGUGGUUACACUUGAUUCCAGAAAAUUGUUACCGUAGACACGUGUGUCUGUAGAUAAAUGUCUCAUGUACUCGAUAAACAUUAUAUGUGUACUUUUUCUGUAUUCCGUUUUACUGUACUGUAUUCACUCACUACUGUAUUGUAGAAGAACAGUUCUGAGGUGUUAGUUGUGUUUUUUAUUUAUUUCAUUCACUCCUUUUAUAAGAUAUUCUAUAGUUUUUAUAGUUGUUUUUCCCUCAUGCAUUUUGUUUAUAAAAAAAAAACAUUUAUGUAUUCACAAUGUAUAUUUUUUAAGAAUUGUAUAGAAAUAUAAUUUGCAAAUAAACAACCUCCUGCAGGUUUGACUACUACACCAUACAA